AUGAAACUGACGCCUGCCAUUAUCGCGUCCCAGGCCGCAGGAGUUGACCUCCAGCAGCUCAAGGACCUCACCAUGUCCAAGAAGGAUAUCAACCAUAUCGAGGACAUCUCGACCUGUGUCAAUCUCCACAAGCUGGUCCUUACGAACAACAAGCUCAGCUCCACCGACUCGAUUGCCGGACUCCAGUACCUCCCUUCUUUGACACUUCUUAACCUCUCGGGAAAUCAGCUUGAUUCUUUUGAGGGUGUUCAACGCCUCAAGACCCUCUUUGUGCUGAACAUGUCCCACAACGAACUGAACAGAAUCUCAAUGCACAUCGAAAAGCUCGUCAACCUCAAAGCCCUAGUCCUCAACAACAACAAGAUCAAAGUCGUCGAUCACCUCGGCUCACUGACAGAGCUCAACACAAUCGUCCUCUCCCACAACCGGAUCCAAUCCCUCCCUUCCUUCCCACUCCUCACAAAACUCACAAAACUCUCGGCGGCUCAUAACGAGAUCCGUCAGAUCCCGGAUUUGUCAGAGAAUGGGUUGUUGAAGGAGUUGAGGUUGAACCAUAACAAGUUUUUGACGAUCCCGGAUUCGCUUAGGAGAUGUACGGCGUUGGAUAUUCUGGAUUUGGGAGGCAAUAUGUUGAGAGAGUGGUCGGAUGUUGCGCCGUUGGGGUCGUUGAUGCAUUUGAUUAACCUCAACCUGCAAGGAAACCCCAUCUGCGAAAAGACUGACUACAAGAAGAAGAUUCUGGAGUUGGUACCUUCGCUGCGUGUACUGGACGGCGAAAGGUUCGACCCCAAGUUCCUCCAGAUCAAGGCCAAGCGUGCCGAACACAAGGAGGUCGUCGAGAAGAUGAAGCAAAAGAAGGACGAUCUGGAGAAGAAGAAAACUCUCAAGAAGAUCAAGCGUGGCGAGAUUCAGGCCGAGGAUGUCGAUCAGGAGGUUCUGGAUGGCGCGAAUCAGUUUGAGCGCAAGAAGAAGAAGUCCAAAACUGAGAAGGAGGAGAAGGAGGCCAGGAAGGAAGAGAAGAAGAAGCGGAAGGAGGAGAAGGCUGCUAAGAAGAGCAAGGGUGAGGGUGAGAGUGAUGAUGAGGAGAAGGAAGAGAAGAAGGUCAAGAAGUCCAAGAAGGAUGUUUCUAGCAGCAAGGACCAUGAUGAUCGGAAAUCCAAGAAGCGUUCAAGAGAUGCCGGCGACGAGUCUGGGGAGACUGCAGCAGCAGCAGAACCUAGGAAAAAAUCGACCCUCUCCUCAGUCUUCAAGGGCAAUGGACCUCGCCCCCUCGCUGCUUUGGCUCCCCCUGCUACCUCAGACGCUGACGGAGAUGUGGAGAUGGACGACACAGAGGCCAAGGCUGCCAAGGCCGAGUUGAACAGGGUCCGCAAGGAAACACGGAAAGCCGCCAAGAAGGAAGCCAAGAAGGAGAAGACUGCCGAGCUCCUGUUGAAGAAGAAGACCGCUCGCUCAAACAAGGAAGUAAAGGAGCCCACCACCCUCGAGGAAGACGAAUUCUUCUCCAAGCCUACGGAGGAGGAGGUCAAGACCAAGAAAGCCAAGAUCGAGAAGGCUAUUGCUGCUGCUACCCCCGCACCUGCACCUAAGGUGGAGGCGUCCAAGGUGGAAGUCGCACCUGCACGUGUUCUGGACCCUGCACAGGCAGCCAAGGCGCGUUCAGGAGUUGUUGCUGUUGUCGACAAGUCUGCUCAGCUGGCCAAGAAGAACAAGCAGCCUAAGUUCGAUAUCUCGGCCCUCGAGGAAACCUCAGAUGCCUUUGGCGGCGGACAGGUCUCUGGCUGGGACUAA